AAAACGGACCCAGUCCAAUUCUUACAAGUAUCAUUUCGACAAAAAUAAAUAGCACACACUUUUUUCCAUAUGCACACAGCACACAUAGUUCCAUACAUAUUAAUGUGUAUAUAGUUUCCUCCCAAGUAUUUCACUCAGGUUACUUCAAAUUUGCAACAAAAACAGGACCUUCUUGAUCAAUUGGUUGAAAGUUUAAAUUUUGUUGUUUAUUUUAGCAUCUCAUCUACAAAUGCAAAGUCUGAAUAGAUCAAGAACACAGUCGAGGGCUACUCGGUCUGUGUCUUUAGGAGGCAUGGACUUUGCAGAACCUAAGAAGAAGCAUAAUUAUGUAGGAAAGAUUCUUUUAACAGCAGUUUUAACUGCACUAUGCAUCCUCAUGCUUAAACAAUCUCCAAAUUUCAGCACACCAAGCGCGUUCUCUCACCGUGAAGCAGGAGUUACACAUGUUUUAGUAACAGGAGGGGCUGGUUAUAUUGGUUCUCAUGCUGCAUUACGGCUUUUGAAAGAUUCAUAUCGUGUAACUAUUGUGGACAAUCUCUCUAGAGGAAAUCUAGGUGCUGUCAAAGUUCUACAGGAAUUAUAUCCAGAACCUGGAAGGCUUCAAUUCAUCUAUGCUGAUUUGGGGGAUGCAAAAUCUGUAAGCAGAAUAUUUUCAGAAAAUGCAUUUGAUGCUGUGAUGCACUUUGCGGCUGUAGCAUAUGUUGGAGAGAGUACCCUUGAUCCUCUUAAGUAUUAUCACAAUAUUACUUCAAAUACGCUGGUUGUGUUAGAGGCUAUGGCAUCUCAUAACGUGAAGACUCUGAUAUAUUCAAGCACAUGUGCUACUUAUGGGGAACCUGAAAAGAUGCCAAUUACCGAAGAAACUCCUCAGGUUCCAAUCAAUCCAUAUGGAAAAGCCAAAAAGAUGGCAGAAGAUAUCAUUUUGGAUUUCCAUAAAAACUCGAACAUGGCUGUCAUGAUCCUAAGAUACUUUAAUGUAAUUGGUUCAGAUCCGGAGGGAAGGCUUGGAGAAGCUCCCAGACCAGAGCUACGCGAGCAUGGACGGAUAUCUGGAGCUUGCUUUGAUGCAGCUCGGGGAAUCAUUGACGGGCUUAAGGUUCGCGGAACAGAUUAUAAAACUGCAGAUGGCACGUGCAUAAGGGACUACAUUGAUGUAACCGAUCUGGUUGAUGCUCAUGUGAAAGCCCUUGAGAAGGCAAACCCCGGGACUGUAGGAAUCUAUAAUGUUGGAACCGGGCGAGGCAGAUCAGUAAAAGAAUUUGUUGAGGCUUGUAAGAAGGCAACAGGAGUAUCUGUCAAAGUUGACUUCCUUGAGAGGCGACCUGGUGACUAUGCCGAAGUGUUGGCAGACCCAACAAAAAUUUUACGCGAACUAAAUUGGACCGCGAAAUACACUGAUCUUCAAGAAAGUCUGCAGGUGGCCUGGAGAUGGCAGAAGUCACAUCUGAAUGGUUAUGGUCCAGCGUUAUUAUCAUCAGUAUAAACUAGCCAAGUGGAAUUAUAGGGUUUUUGGUAUAAAUUCCAUAUACAUGCAUUAAGUUAUCAGUAUUAUCAUCGUUAUACGAGUUAGAUUGUUAGUUUAGGCCUUUGUUCUACAUGUAUUCGAGACUAAUAAUGAGCUUUAUAUAUAUAUAAUAAAAUUAUUAGGCCGGCCUUGGAGUGAAGGCAUUUGGUUUA